AUGUCGACCCAUCGAUACGCCCACAUUGCAAUCAUCGAACCUGCCGCAACUGAUGCUCCCGUUACCCACCUACCUGCCACAGCGCCUGUUACGGCCCACCUCGCCGCCGGCGCUGUCAACGCCGCGCAGGUCAUUGCCAUGCCUUCCCCUACCGCCCUCGGCCGCGCCACCCCCUCCGACGCCCCCACCCUCCUCAUGACCCCCUCCGGCUACGCUACCUUCCUCACCUCCUUGUAUAGUUGCAAUCUAACCGCCCUCGCUAGCACCACCGCCUUGAUGAAGUUCAGACUUGAGCGCUCCCAGCGUAAGCUAGUCGGGCUCAGAUAUAACUAG